AUGAUAUUGGUUUAUGAGUUUAUGCAAAAUGGUCCAUUGAGAGAUCAUCUCUAUGGAAAGAACAUACCGCCUUUAUCAUGGAAGCAACGAUUAGAUAUCUGUAUUUGUACUGCUCGCGGACUUCAUUACCUCCACACUGGUGCAUCUACUGGGAUCAUACAUAGAGAUGUCAAAAUCACCAACAUUUUGCUUGAUGAGAAUUUUGUCUCAAAGAUGGCUGAAUUUGGUCUAUCUAAAGAUGGACCAACAACAGAACAGACUCAUGUGAGCACUGUUGUGAAGGGAAGUUUUUUCUACUUAGAUCCUGAAUACAUUAGGAAGCAACAGUUGACAGAAAAAACUGAUGUCUACUCAUUUGGGGUUGUACUUCUUGAAGCCUUAUGUGCUCUUCCUGCUAUUAAUCCAUCAUCACCAAGAGAGCAAGUGAAUUUGGAAGAAUGGGCAAUGCAGUGGAAAAGAAAUGGGUUAGUGGACAAGAUAAUUGAUCCAACACUUGUAGGACAUAUAGAUCCAGAAUCAAUGAAGAAAUUCACGAAAGCAACAGAGAUGUGUCUACCCCUAGACCCAUAA